AUGUCUAUCUCGAUGCCAAACCUUGAUGGACUCUACCCUAUAGUGGAGCUGAACUUCAAAGGUGUUUUUCUUAGAAAUCCUUUCUCGUAUAACCAUGGUAUCAAUUUCACUUUCAAUGAUCACGAUUUUUCUGGAUUGACAUACGGUGAAUGUAUCACAUUUCUCGAACGGUUCAUGCAAGAAAGUAUAAAGAAGUUAUACUAUUGUGAACCAGGUAAGCCCUUAAUAUCUGGGAUAACUGCUAUCGCUAAUGAUGAAGACUAUGGUGGUUUCAUUUUUCAUGCAUAUGGGACAGAUGGUAAAAUUUGUAUGUAUGUGGACCAUGAUGGUCAAGGAAUAGAAGAUUGGUUUGGUUCUAAAAUAGAAGAGGAGGAUGGAGAUGAUUCUUGCAUUAAUGGUGGUGUGAAUGAGGACGAAAUUGAUAGCCUAACAGAUGUGGAUGUGGACUUUAAUGAGGACAUAGUAACUAUGAAUAGGACAAAGGGUGAUGAAUUUCUAAAUAGAUUAUGUGGCGAAGAUGAAGAGGGAAAUAAUAACAACAUAAAUGAUCAUGAUGGGCAUGAAGUGGAUGCCAAUGUAACUCAACAACAUUCCAUUUUUAAUGAGUUAGUUCCAUGGAAAAAGCAGAUCCCAAUACUUGGUAUGAGGUUCAAAGAUCCAUCUCAAUUAAAAUCGAUGUUAUGCAACUAUGCUGUUGCGAAUGGGUUGUGGGCAUCUUGGAUGAGUGAUGAAGCAAGCUUCCAAAUUAAGUCUUUAAAGCCAGUCCACAAAUGUGCAAGGAACUAUAAGUUAGGGUCCAUGGUCACUUAUGCUUGGAUAGGGAGUCAUUAUACAAGAGAGUUCUUACUUAGACAAAAGAUGAGUGUUAGAAAGCUAAGAACAGCUGUGUCGCAGAAGUUUCGCAUUCAUGUUAGUGUUGGUCAAUGCAGGAGAGCUACGAAAUAUGCACUCCAACUAAUAAAUGGCACCCUAGUUGAACAUUAUGCAAAGUUAUGGUCGUAUGUAGAAGAGAUUAGGAGAUCAAAUCCAGGUAGCACUGUGAAGCUUGAUGUAAAUCAUAUGCCAGAUGGGAAGAACUACUUUACUAAGUUCUAUGCUUGCUUUGAUGCAUUGAAGAAGGGGUGGAAGGAGGGAUGCAGGAAGAUAAUAGGUUUAGAUGGUUGUUUCCUUAAAGGGAUCUGUAAAGGGGAGUUAUUAUGUGCUGUUGGAAGGGAUGCAAACAAUGGGAUUUAUCCUAUUGCAUGGGUAGUAGUAUGUGUGGAGAAUAAGGAAAAUUGGAGGUGGUUUUUGGAUUUACUCAUAGAUGACUUAGGACUUAAUUUGGGCUAUGGAUACAGUGUAAUAUCUGAUCAACACAAGGGUUUGAUUGAGGUUGUGAAAGAACUCCUUCCUUAUGUAGAGCAUAGGCAUACUGCCAAGCAUAUUAGCCAAAACCUUAGGAAAAGGUAUAGUGGUGCUCAAUAUGAAAGCAUUUUCUGGAAGGCAUGUAAAGCAACAACAGAGGUAGAUUUUAAGGUUGCCAUGAAAGAGCUUGAAGUGCUAGACCCAAGUGCUCAUCAGUAUCUGAUGGAAAAAGACCCCAAAACAUGGUCAAGGGUCUACUUCCAACCAGGAAGAUGUUGUGAUGCUGUGGAGAAUGGAAUGUCAGAAAGUUUUAAUGCUGUAAUUGUUGAUGCUAGGAAGAAACCAAUUAUCACCAUGCUAGAGGAGUUGAGUAUGUAUAUGAUGGAGAGGGUGUUCAAGAAAAAAUGCAAGGGUCUAGGAUGGGGCAACCAAAUUUGUCCAACAAUUAGAGAAAUAGUGAAUGACAUUAAGAAGGGUCUAAGACAUUACCAAGUCUUACCUAGUGGACUAAAUCAGUUUGAACUUAAUGGAAUCGGUUGUGUCCAUUCUGUUGCAGCUAUUAGUUUUAUGAAUAUGGAUGUAGAUUCAUAUGUGGAUAAAAUGUUUAGUAGCAUCACUUAUAUGAAGGCUUACAAGUUUAGGUUAGCACCUAUGAAUGGAAGUAAUUUGUGGCCUGCAACUGAUUACACCCUACCUUUACCUCUUGUUCGUAGUGCUAUGCCUUGGAGACAUGCAACUAAAAGGAAAAGGGAUGCAACAGAAACCCCAAACCACUCAAGUAAAAAAUCAAAGACAACUACCCAAACACAAAACAAAGGUAAAGAGCAGGGUGUAGCUGAAGCUCUCAAUGAGGAUGAAAGUAAUCAAUCUAAUGCAGUCAAUGAUGGAGGAGCAGUAAAUGAUGGUGGAGAAGCAGUCAAUGAUGGAGGAGCAGUAACUCAUGGUGGAGAAGCAGUCAAUAAUGGAGGAGCAGUAAAUGAUGGUGCAGAAGCAGUCAAUGAGGUGCAUGUGCAACACAACUAUGAUGAGGUGGAACUCACACCUUUGGAGUUUGAUGCAUCAGCUAAUGGAGAACCUAGUCAGGUUCAUGUGCAAGAACAGGAGGCUAGAGAAACACCACUUGCAACCCUGUUGAAGAAAAUCAGGAGGAAGAAAUCUGAAAGGAUUACCAAGUUGAAACUGGGCAACAAAGUUGGUGGAAAUGAUGCACCCGGGAAUUCAGAAGCUAAACCUGUUACUCUAGAAUAA